AUGGAUACAGCCUGCAUCAGCAGCAUGGAUCAACUUGAACGUGUGUUCUUGCGCCUUGGCCAUGCAGAAACAGAUGAGCAGUUACAGAACAUUAUUUCCAAAUUCCUACCCCCUGUUCUCCUCAAGCUGUCCAGCACACAGGAAGGAGUUCGUAAAAAGGUUAUGGAGCUGCUGGUUCAUCUGAACAAGCGCAUCAAAAGUCGUCCAAAAAUCCAGCUUCCAGUAGAAACGCUACUAGUUCAAUAUCAGGAUCCUUCUGCAGUGUCUUUUGUCACUAAUUUUACCAUAAUUUACGUUAAGAUGGGAUAUCCUCGUUUGCCUGUGGAGAAACAAUGUGAAUUGGCUCCAACUCUUCUCACUGCAAUGGAAGGGAAACCUCAACCUCAGCAAGACAGCCUAAUGCAUCUUCUAAUACCAACCCUUUUUCACAUGAAAUAUCCUGUUGAACCACUGAAAGCAGCAGCUUCUCCAUUUAAUCUUACUGAAAAACCAAAGACCGUACAGCUGCUUUUGGACUUUAUGUUGGAUGUCCUUCUUAUGCCUUAUGGGUAUGUACUGAAUGAAUCUCAGACACGACAAAACAUGCCCUCAGCACAGGGCUCCUCGGCCAGUAGUAGCAUGGGAAGUCCUGGAAUCCCUCAGCCUCCUCCAGGGAUGAGCUAUUAUGCAGCUAAAAGGGUAAUUGGAGAUAGCCCAUGGACACCAGAACAGCUGGAACAGUGUAAACUGGGAAUAGUGAAGUUCAUUGAAGCUGAGCAGGUGCCAGAACUUGAAGCUGUUAUACAUCUGGUUGUAGCUUCCAGUGACACAAGACACAGUGUUGCCACUGCAGCAGACCUUGAACUGAAGAGCAAACAAAGUUUAAUUGACUGGAAUAAUCCUGCUAUCAUCAAUAAAAUGUUUAAAGUGUAUCUUGGGGAUAUACCACUGAGAACCAAGGAGGGAACUGUUCCGAAGCCGGAAAUGAAACGAGAAUCAGUCAGCACCCGAGUUAAGUUAAAGAUUGUUCCUCAUCUUCUGCGAUCCAGACAAGCUGCAGAAACGUUCCCAGCUAACAUUCAGGUGGUCUAUGAUGGACUCUUUGGUGCAAACACCAAUACAAAACUGAGAAGUCUAUCCUUGCAGUUUGUGCAUCAUAUUUGUAUCAUUUGUCCAGAGAGUAAAAUAAAGCCCUUAGGCCCAAUGCUUUUAAAUGGACUUACAAAGCUGAUCAAUGAAUACAAGGAGGAUUCCAAACUGCUGUCAAUGGCAUAUUCAGCUGUUGGAAAACUUUCCAGCCGAAUGCCUCAGCUCUUUACCAAGGAUAUAGCACUGGUGCAGCAGUUUUUUGAAGCUUUAUGCAAGGAAGAGGCUGAUACCAGGCUCGCCAUUCAGGAGGCCUUAUCUAUGAUGGUUGGCGCGUAUAGUAACUUGGAAGGAGCACAGUGUACUCUGAUGGAAGCUCUGGUGGCUUCCUAUCUAAUAAAGCCUGAAGUUCAAGUACGUCAAGUGGCUGUGAAAUUUGCUAGCACAGUGUUCCCUCCAGAUCAUAUCCCUUCCAGAUACUUACUACUGUUAGCUGCUGGAGACCCGCGGGAAGAAGUACAUGGGGAAGCUCAGCGGGUGCUGAGAACAUUUCCUGGUAAAAAUGAAAAGGAGAGUGCUGGGAAGCAGAUGCCUUCCUUCCCUGAAAUGGUCCAUUACAUCCAAGACAAGGCCUCUCACCGAAUGAAAACUCCAGCUAAGUAUAUGACUGGAACUGCAGCCUUGCCUUUCAAUCCUGCCACGUUUGGGGAGAUUGUCCUGUACCUACGGAUGUGUCUUGCUCACAGCGCAGGUGUGGUACCAACUUCACAGAGCUUGGCAGAUAUGCAAGAUCAUGCUCCAGCCAUUGGGCGUUACAUAAGAAACCUCAUGGCUGGUGACCACAUAUCCUUCUCUUCCUCAUCCUCUUCAAAAAGCGGAGAAACUAACCCUGUGCAGAUAUAUGUUGGCCUUCUUCAGCAGCUGUUAUCUGGGGUUGGAGGUUUGCCAGUCAUGUAUUGUCUCCUGGAAGUUGUUUCAGUAUACCCGGAAAAACUAGCCACCAGAUUCAUAGACAAAAUGGAUUGGAUAAAGAGCCUGAUGAACACGAACAAAGAAGAAAUGCGUGAGCUUGCAGCCUUGUUUUAUUCCGUAGUGUUGUCUACAAUGUCUGGUGAUGAGCUUAGGGCCUCUAUAGAGCAGCUGAUCAAGAUGACGAAAGACAAUCAUAGCCCGGAGGUCCAACACGGCUCCUUGUUGGCUUUGGGAUUUACAGUAGGAAGAUACUUGGCCAAAAGGAAAAUCGGAUCAAUGGAGCUACAUGAUAUAGAACCACCAAACACUGCAGUCAUGCCGGAACAAGGACAGCUCAUAAAGUUGACGACAGAGACAAUAGGUUCUUUUUUGGACAGCACCUCACCCUUCCUCGUGGUGGCUGCUUGCACAGCUCUGGGGGAGAUUGGCAGGAACGGCCCUUUGCCAAUCCCCAGUGAAGGCACAGGAUUUACAAAGCUGCAACUUGUUGAAAGCUUAUUGGCCCGAAUCCCUUCCAGCAAGGAAACAAAUAAGAUGAAGGAACGAGCAAUACAAACAUUAGGUUACUUUCCAGUGGGAGAUGAAGAUUUUCCCCACCAGAAGCUACUGUUGCAAGGUUUAAUGGAUUCUGUGGAGGCCAAACAAAUAGAACUGCAGUUCACCGUUGGUGAAGCUAUUACCAGUGCUGCAGUGGGAACCAGCUCAGUGGCUGCACGUGAUGCAUGGACAGUCACAGAGGAGGAAUAUAUCCCUCCUCCAGAUGUGAAAGUGAAUGAUGUGGUUCCCUGGGUUCUAGACCUUAUUUUGAACAAGCACAUUAUCAGCCCCAACCCACACAUUAGGCAGGCAGCCUGCAUCUGGCUUCUGUCCAUGGUGAAGAAGCUGAGCACACACAAAGCAAUUAAGUCUCAUCUCAAGGACAUUCAAGGUGCAUUUGUUUCAAUUCUGUCAGAUAGUGAUGAGCUUAGUCAAGACGUUGCUUCAAAAGGUCUUGGGCUGGUAUAUGAACUAGGAAGUGAACAGGAUCAGCAAGAGCUAGUCACCACACUCGUUGAUAACCUUAUGACUGGGAAAAGAGCCAAACAUGAGGUGACUGGAGAAACUGUGGUGUUUCAGGGUGGCCUGAGCAAAACUCCAGAUGGUCAAGGUCUUUCUACUUACAAGGAGCUUUGUUCACUGGCUAGUGAUCUUAAUCAGCCAGACCUGGUGUACAAAUUCAUGAAUCUGGCCAACCAUCAUGCCAUGUGGAAUUCUCGGAAGGGAGCAGCUUUCGGUUUCAAUGUGAUAGCCACCAAAGCGGGAGAACAGCUGGCUCCAUUUUUGCCCCAGCUUCUUCCACGGCUCUACCGUUACCAGUUUGACCCCAACCUUGGCAUUCGGCAGGCAAUGACCAGCAUUUGGAACGCCUUGGUCACCGACAAGUCAAUGGUUGAUAAGUAUAUGAAGGAAAUUCUUGAAGACUUGAUCAGUAACCUAACCAGCAAUCUGUGGAGAAUCAGAGAAUCCAGUUGUCUAGCACUGAAUGAUUUACUAAGAGGAAGACCUUUGGAUGACAUUAUAGACAAACUUCCAGAGAUCUGGGAAAUCCUAUUUAGAGUGCAAGAUGACAUUAAGGAAUCCGUGCGAAAAGCAGCAGAACUAGCCCUAAAAACUUUGAGCAAGGUCUGUGUGAAAAUGUGUGAUCCAUCUAAAGGAGCAGCAGGCCAGCAGACCAUAGCUGUAUUGCUCCCUUGCCUCCUAGACAAGGGAAUAGUAAGCACAGUCACCGAAGUCCGAUCUCUCAGCAUUAACACUCUCGUGAAGAUCAGUAAAAGUGCUGGAUCUAUGCUGAAACCUCAUACACCAAAACUUAUCCCAGCCCUGCUGGAGUCCUUGAGCGUGCUGGAGCCUCAGGUUCUCAAUUAUUUGAGUCUUUGUGCAACAGAUCAGGAGAAAACUGCAAUGGAUAGUGCCAGACUUAGUGCUGUAAAGUCAUCGCCCAUGAUGGAAACGAUUAACAUGAGCUUACAGUACUUGGAUGUGUCCAUCCUGGGUGAGCUGGUUCCUCGGCUCUGCGAACUGAUCAAAAGUGGAGUAGGCCUUGGCACAAAGGGAGGCUGUGCCAGUGUAAUUGUGUCAUUAACCACGCAGUGUCCCCAGGACUUAACACCUUACUCAGGCAAACUUAUGAGUGCUUUACUCAGUGGCUUGACCGAUCGCAACAGUGUGGUACAGAAGUCUUUUGCCUUUGCUAUGGGGCAUCUAGUCCGGGCUUCCCGGGACAGUAGCACUGAGAAGCUGCUGCACAAACUUAGCAGUUGGUACAUGGAGAAGGAAGAGCCAGUUUACAGAACAGGCUGUGCUUUAACUGUGCAUGCUAUGGGACGCUACAGUCCAGAUGUAGUGAAGAACCAUGCCAAACACGUCUUGCCAUUGGCUUUUCUUGGCAUGCAUGAGGUCUCUGAUGAAGAGAAAGGAGAGAAAGAGAAUUCUACUCUGUGGACUGAAGUUUGGCAGGAAAACGUGCCUGGUACUCAGGGUGGUAUCAGACUGUACAUGCAGGAAUUGAUAGUCAUUACCCAGAAGGCAUUGCAGUCCCAGUCUUGGAAGAUGAAAGCACAGGGAGCAGCUGCCAUGGCAUCAAUUGCCAAACAGACAGGUUCUCUGGUACCACCGCACCUGGGAAUAGUGCUGUCUGCAUUGCUGCAAGGCUUGCCUGGAAGAACAUGGACUGGAAAGGAGGAGCUGCUAAAGGCCAUUGCCAGUGUUGUCUCCACAUGCAAUGCCGAGCUGCAGAAGCCUGUGCCUGGUCAACCCAGUGUCAGGAAAGAGAAACUAAAGUAUAAGAUGGUAGCACUGCGCUGUGCAGCUGCAGUGUUACAGGCAACAAAGGAAGACCGGUUCCAGGAGCUGGCAGAUAUCGUCUUUCCCAUGAUAAAGAAGAACUCUGUUGAGAGCAUGGGUGUGGGUUCACCAAAGCAUGACGAAGAGGAUGAGGAUGUGAGGGAGAAAGAGAUGCAGAUGGAGUCCCUGAUCUGUGCCUUCGAGAGUCUGGGUAAAGCUUGGCCGAGGAGCCCAGAGACACAGCGUCGCUAUCGACAAGAAUUUUGCAAGUUAAUGUGUGAGCGUCUAAAACUCAGUACGUGGAAAGUGCAACUUGGAGUGCUGCAAGCCAUGAAUGCUUACUUUCAAGGGUUAAUGCUGUUCGAUGAGGAGCACUCAGACCCUGGGGCUUUGACAGGAAUACUGUUGGAAACCUGCUCAUCUAUCACCUAUUCUUUAGAAAACAAAAGCUACACCUCCAUAAGAACAGAAGCUUUGUCUGUGAUACAACUGCUGUUCACCAAACUGAAUGAAGCUAAACAGUGGGAAAGCCUGACACCAGAAAGCAGAGACCACCUCAUUCGUUCGUUAUCUACAAUGGCAUCAGACAGCAGACCUGAGCUACAAGAGAAGGCCUUUUCAUUGAAGAGAACACUUGAAAAUCUUGACUAAAUUGUAAAACACAAACUAUGAAGUGCCAUGUAAAACAAAAAAAGUGCAGUGGUCUGAAAAGCAAGUGGGAAGAUGAAGGUUACUCUGUAGCAUGCAUCAUUCCUGGCCAAAAUAAAAAAUGCCUUAAA